AUGUGCCGGUGGCAGCCUCUUCUCUUAAAGUUCUUCCUGCCAUUUCUUGCUUUGGCUACUGGGGACAAGCUACUGGUGGUGCCCAUGGAUGGAAGCCACUGGCUCAGCAUGCUCCCCGUUGUGAAGCUGCUCAGCCAAAGGGGCCAUGAGGUGGUUGUCCUCAUGCCCCACGUUAGUCAGCAGAUGAAGAACCAAGACAGCUUCACAGCUAAGCUGUACCAGGUCCCCUAUACCAAGGAGCAGCUCAAAGAAGCCAUAAAUGAAUUCUUCCUGGCCCAUCUCCAAAAGCUACCACCACCACUGUUUUUUGUCAAGAUUUUGCAAAGUUCAGAGUCAUUUAAAAGGAUUCUAGAGACUUCAUGUGAGAGUUUGCUGAAGGAAACCAAGCUCAUCCAGGAUCUGCAAGAGAGUCAUUUUGAUGCUCUCCUCACCAACCCUCUUUCAACCUGUGGAACAAUCCUUGCCGAGUACCUCUCGCUUCCUUCGAUCUAUUUGACUCGUGGGUUGCCGUGUAACAUGGACUACAGUUCAGCCAAAUGUCCCAGCCCACCUUCCUACAUCCCAAGGCUUUUUGCGAGGCUUACAGAUCACAUGACCUUUCCCCAAAGGCUGGCAAAUGUCUUAAUUGCUUCCACAGAACAUUUGUACUGUUACUACUUGCAUUCUUCCUUCAACAGAAUUGCCUCAGAGUUUCUACAAAGAGAUGUACGUGUCAAGGAUCUUUUGAAGCAGGAUGCUAUUUGGCUGUUAAGAUACGAUUUUGUUGUCGAAUUUCCUCGGCCAGUCAUGCCCAAUAUGGUCUUUGUUGGAGGUUUAAACUGCCACCCAAGUAGCCCUCUGACUGAGGCGCUGUUACAGAAGCGGCACUGUGCUGCAAGUGAGAAACUCCUGGUUCUCCCUAUCGAUGGAAGUCACUGGCUCAGCAUGAGGGAUGUGACUGAAGAGCUCAGUAAGAAGGGGCAUGAAAUUGUGGUCCUGGUGCCUGAAGUCAAUUUGCUUCUUAAAGAAUCAAAGUUCUACAAAAGAAAACUCUACCCAGUUUCCUACUCCCAGGAAGAACUGGAGAAGCGGUUUCAGACAUUUGGUCACCACCUCUUUGCAGAGAGAUCUUUCCUGGGCACGGCGUGGGCAGAGUACUGUAAUAAUCGGCAUAUCAUUGACCUGUACUUCUUCAACUGUGACAGCCUGCUGAAGGAUCACGAAACCAUCAGAUACCUUGAAGAAAGCAAAUUUGAUGCCCUUUUUACAGACCCAGCUUUGCCAUGUGGAGUGAUCUUGGCGGAGUAUCUGGCCAUACCUUCCAUGCUACACUGCCUUCUCCCACCAAAUGACCUUCUUCCAGAGAGUGAUAAACUUCCUGGUGGCUGA